CAACACAACAACAACUUCAUUCAUUUGGUUUUUUCUUUUUUCUUGCUUUCUAAAACCUUUUGUUGCUUUCUGCUUAAUGGAAGGAACUUAAAUCUUUUCUCUCUUUCUUUGUUCUUCAUAUUUUUCGCUUAACUCAAUAAUCGCUUUUCUUAGUUUGUGAAGUGAAGUUUGAUUUUGGAGUUUGUUAGUGUGAUGUCUCUGGCAGCGGUGGUUAUGGAGGAGGAAGGGCGGAGUAAACUGGUUUCUCAGAAUGGUGUCGUUGAUUUGAAAGAACGGAAUUACUUGGGAGUGUCUGACUGUUCAUCAGUGGAUAGUUGUGAUUCAAAUCUCCCGAGCUUGUGUGAUGAGAAAAAGGUGAACUUGAAUUUGAAAGCUACUGAGUUGAGGUUGGGUCUUCCUGGAUCUCAAUCACCUGAAAGGGAUUUGGAUUUUUAUUCGACAAAGCUUGAUGAGAAGCCGUUGUUCCCUUUGCUUCCUGCAAAAGAUGGAAUCCAGAAGAAUGUGGUUUCGGGCAACAAGAGAGGAUUUGCUGAUACUGUUGAUGGGUUUUCUCAGGGGAAGUUUAAUGGUAAUACUGGGAUUAAUGUGAUGCUUUCGCCUAGACCUGUUGUAGCUCAGCCAAACACAGUGAAAGAAAUGCCCAGUAAGGCGUUGCAGGAAAGGCCUUGUGCAGCUAGAGGAACUACUGGUCAUAAUCAUGCAGGUGCUGCUUCUAUUGCUGGCUCUCAGCCAGCAUCUAAGGCUCAAGUUGUUGGUUGGCCUCCUAUAAGAUCAUUUAGGAAAAACUCCAUGGCCACCGCUUCCAAGAACAACAACGAUGAAGUGGAUGGAAAACCAGGUCCCACUGCACUCUUUGUGAAGGUUAGCAUGGACGGUGCUCCCUAUCUUAGGAAGGUGGAUCUAAGAACUUAUACAACAUAUCAGGAACUAUCUUCUGCCCUUGAGAAGAUGUUCAGCUGUUUUACCCUAGGCCAGUGUGGUUCCCAUGGAGCUCCAGGAAGAGAAAUGAUGAGUGAGAGCAAGCUAAGGGACUUUUUGCAUGGUUCAGAAUAUGUUCUCACCUAUGAAGAUAAAGAUGGAGACUGGAUGCUUGUAGGGGAUGUACCAUGGGAGAUGUUCAUUGAUACUUGCAGAAGACUGAAAAUCAUGAAGGGUUCUGAUGCCAUUGGCUUAGCUCCCAGGGCAAUGGAAAAGUCCAAAAGCAGGAGUUAGAGGGUGUAUGGAACUGAUGACUGCCUUUGUCCGACCAAGUUUUAAUGUUGGAUCCAAGGACUGUAAAAAGCAAAGGAUUAUGACCAACUCCCUGGCAUUUGCAGUUAAACAGAUUUCCGGUGUUAUUAAUGUUAUGUCUCUGAAAAGUGUUAUAUUUGUUACCACUAUAAUAUCUUGUGAAUUUACCUUUUAAUAUUAGUUUUUGUGGAGUCUAUAAUCAAUAUAGGAAAACCUGUUUGUUUGGAUGAUGAAUUGAAUGUCUGUUACAGCCAAAAUACCUUCGUCCCUCUUUCCUUCAAAUCUUGAACGGCAAUUGUUCGUGUCCUUUUUUUUAA